UUUUUUCCCAGAAUGUCACCGAGCUAACAUUUUCUUGGAUUGUUUUCCAAUACUACUUUUUUUUUAUCUUUUUUACAGCUCAUUACUUCUUUUUCUGCUUUUUAUUUUUUUCUCCUUUGCUUUCGGUUUUUUUUUCUUUUAUUCUUUCAGCAACGCCAGUUUACAAGAGUGAUUGUCGGUUGCGGAUUUCUGUAUCUCUUUGUAUUGGAUUGAUUUGGUUUGGAUUGAUUGUCGAAAUGGCAGAAGCGCAACAUCAACCGAAUUUAUCGAUGCUGCCGGAACCAUUGGCGGCGGAAGCUCUGAUGAUGGAGUUCAAUCAAGCGAUGCAGCAUCCCGCCUCAAUUUUAACUUCCGCGCUGAUGGAGUCAUCCAACAGCACCUCCAUGGACCUGCACGGACCAAAGACGAUUGCUGAUCAAAUUUCCUAUCAGCUAGCACAGAUGGAUCAAAGUAACAACGAAUGGUAUCAGCAGCAACAGCAGCAACUGACGAACGGCGACCUCAUUGAUCAUUCCUAUGCCUACACCACGGAGCAGGUGGUCGAGAUCUCACCUCACAAACGAUACGGUCGACUCAACACACUGCUGGGCAAGGGCGCCUUUAAAGUGGUUCACAAAGCCAUUGACCGAGACGAAGGCUAUGAAGUUGCUUGGAACGUAUUGCAGAUUGGCGAGCGAGAUGAUGACAAGGACAUGGGACAUGAAAUUGAAAUUUUAAAAUCUGUGCGACAUCCCAAUAUUAUUGCGUUUCACGAUGCAUGGAUAGGCGAGUCUCAAACGGAGUUCGUGUUUGUUACUGAACUGAUGACUUCGGGCACGUUGCGUGAAUAUAUUCGCAAGUUGUCGAUACCGACAUCCAAAAUUGUCAAACGAUGGAGUCGCCAAAUACUCAAAGGGUUGGCGUAUCUGCAUUCGCAUCAUCCGCCCAUCAUUCACCGUGACAUCAAAUGCGACAAUAUAUUUAUCAAUGGCGCACACGGUGAAAUCAAAAUUGGCGAUAUGGGCACGGCCGAAAACUUGUGGUUAGGCAAAAAGAAAUACACAUUGAUUGGAACCCCCGAAUUUAUGGCCCCGGAAAUGUAUGAAGAACGAGGCUAUUCCGAAAAGGUCGAUCUUUAUGCUUUCGGCAUGUGUCUCUUGGAAAUGGUCACCAGUGAAUAUCCUUAUUCGGAAUGCAGCAAUGCAGCGCAGAUCUAUAAGAAAGUUUCGCAACAUAUCAAGCCAGAAUCUCUAAGCAAAGUACAGGAUCAGCAGGUCCUCGAGGUCAUUAACAAUUGUUUAUCCAUUGACGAAAAUGAGAGGUUAUCGGCUCAGGAAUUGCUUGAAAGCUCUUUCUUGGCCGUCGAACCGGAUGUGGUAUUACUCGCAACAGAUCCAUCUCAUAAGAUUUUAACUCUUCAAGUCGUCUUUAAAGGAUCUGAUAAAUUAUCAGUCAAAUUCGAGUUUAAUAUCGAAAAGGAUACCGCCGCUGAAGUGGUUACAGAGAUGAUUGAUGAAAAUGUGUUGCCCGAGCGGUAUCAGCAGUGGAUUACGGACGAGAUUAAUCGAAUUCUGCGUGACAUUUGUAAAAAUGGAGAGGACGACAAGCUCAGCAUUCAAGAUACCCAUGCAGUGUGGCGCCGGGAAAAGGAUAUUCGUACCGAGCUCGCCAAUGCCAAAGAAGAAUUGGCACGAAUGACGGAACGGAUGGCGGAGUCGGAAAAACGAAGGGAAACCUUGGAACAGCAAAUGAUUCAAGCUGAAGAACGGUAUUGCCAAGUGACACAGGAAAUAGACCGACUGGCCAACCAUAAGCGCUCAAGGACUUGGACUUGUAGUGUACAAAGUCCUGACACGGGAUCGUACGGUGAAAACGAUCAAGACGCCUCUCCAUACCCCAUUUCCAAAGGCUAUGCCGCUGACGUUUCCAUUGAUGAUUUUGUACGAGACACGGCAGUGGCGACGAAUCGUAACCGGGAAAAAGCCAUGGAAUGGGCCGCCAAACUAAAAGAUCAGGAUAUCAUGACGGUCGGUGAUUUAUCCGGUUUACAAGAUGAAGAUUGGGCGGGCAUCGGUUUGACGGUAUUUGCGGUACGCGCCCUAAAGAACAUGCUGGUCAUCCAACCCUCCAAACCUCCCGUUACCCCUGAUCACUCUCAAUAAAAAAUGUCCAUAAAUAAAACAUCAUCAUCAUCAUCAUCGUCACUUCCCAAAGAC